UUAUUUAAUUUCUCCCCUGCAUCGACCUAAUAUUGUUAUCCCCUGGCUGGCUGGGCUAGGCUAGCCUAGCAGGUACGUAGGCUGCCCUCGCAGCACCACGCACAGGCGCACUAGCUCUCUCUCUUAGCGAGCGGCAAACCACUCUUCUUCCUCCUCCAUAUCCAUCUCCACCUAUAUAAGCCGCGCGCCAGGCAGGGUUGCUUCCGCCACCACUCCUACAUACCGGUCCCUGUCCCUGUCGACCCCUCGAGGCGGAUCCCACGAUGGUGAAGUUCUCGCGGGAGUACGAGGCCAGCAUCAUCCCCGAGUGGAAGGCCGCCUUCGUCGACUACAAGGGCCUCAAGAAGCUCGUCAAGAGGAUCAAGAUCGCCCGCCGCGACCGCGCUGCCCGUAGUACCAGCAACGACCACGACGACGCCACCACCACCACCUAUGGCUUCUCCGUCCUCGACCCCGUCCGCGCCCUCGCCUCCCACUUCAACAACGCCACGCCCCCGGCCUCGCCAGAGGGCGGCAGCGACGACGCCUUGAGGAGCUUGGAAUCGGAUUCAGGGGAGCUCGUGAGAGCCACGGACAAGCAUGAGCAAGAGUUUGUGGAGAGGGCGGACGAGGAGCUGGAGAAGGUGAACAAGUUCUACGCGGCGCAGGAGGCGGACAUGCUGGCGCGCGGCGACGCGCUCAUCGAGCAGCUCCGCAUCCUGGCGGACGUCAAGCGGAUCCUCGCCGACCACGCGGCGGCGUCGUCCCGGCGCGGCCGCGCGCGGCUCGCCCGGACCGGCGGGAACUCGUCGCCGCCGUCCGUGGACGGCUCCAACAGCGGCCGGCACCUCCUCUCUUCUCCCUUCGUGGCCUCGUCGCCGCAGUCCAUGUCAGACGGGAGCGUGCAGCUGCAGCAGGCGCGCGUGGCGGAGGGCGCGGCUGUGGCGGAGGAGGUGAUGGCGGCGCUGGAGCGCAACGGCGUGAGCUUCGUGGGCGGCGGGCUGGGCAAGGCCAAGAAGGACGGCAGCGGGAAGCAGCUCAUGGGGCGCGCCGCGCUGCUGCAGCUGCCGGCCACGGUGCGCAUCGACAUCCCGCCCACCAGCCCCGGCCGGGCCGCGCUCAAGGUGUGGGAGGAGCUCGUCAACGUGCUCCGCAAGGACGGCGCCGACCCCGCCGCCGCCUUCGUCCACCGCAAGAAGGUCCAGCACGCCGAGAAGAGCAUCCGCGACGCCUUCCUCGCCCUCUACCGCGGCCUCGACCUCCUCAAGAAGUUCAGCUCCCUCAACGUGAAGGCUUUCACCAAAAUACUGAAGAAAUUCGUCAAGGUGUCGGAGCAGCAUCGGAAAGGAGACCUGUUUUCAGAGAAGGUGAAGAGGUCGCCGUUCAGCAGCUCUGACAAGGUGCUUCAGCUGGCGGACGAGGUGGAGUGCAUCUUCUUGAGGCAUUUCGCGGGCAACGACAGGAAGGUGGCCAUGAAGUACCUCAAGCCGCAGCAGCCCAGGAACACCCACAUGGUCACCUUCCUCGUAGGCCUGUUCACAGGCACAUUUGUGUCCCUGUUCAUCAUAUACUCGGUCCUAGCCCAUGUCGCCGGCAUUUUCUCUUCGACCGGAAACACAGCCUACAUGGAGAUCGUUUACCAUGUCCUCAGCAUGUUUGCGCUCAUCAGCCUGCACGUCUUCCUGUACGGGUGCAACCUCUCCAUGUGGAAGGGCACCAGGAUCAACCACAACUUCAUCUUCGACUUCUCCAGCACCGCCCUGACGCACCGGGACGCCUUCCUCAUGUCGGCGUCCAUCAUGUGCACCGUCGUCGCGGCGCUGGUCGUCAACCUGUUCCUCAGGAACGCCGGGGCGACCUACGCCAACGCGCUGCCCGGGGCACUUCUGCUGCUGUCAGCAGGGGUUCUGUUCUGCCCAUUCAACAUUUUCUACCGCUCCACGCGCUUCUGCUUCAUGCGCGUCAUGCGCAACAUCGUGCUGUCGCCAUUCUACAAGGUUCUGAUGGCGGAUUUCUUCAUGGCUGACCAGCUAACCAGCCAGAUCCCACUGCUAAGACACCUCGAGUUCACGGGGUGCUACUUCAUGGCUGAAACAUUCAGAACUCACGCGUAUGGAAGCUGUACCAGCAGCUCCCAAUACAAGAACCUGGCAUACGUGCUCUCUUUCCUGCCAUACUACUGGCGAGCGAUGCAGUGUCUGAGAAGGUACCUGGAAGAAGGCCACGACAUGAACCAGCUUGCUAACGCCGGCAAGUACGUAUCAGCGAUGGUGGCAGCUGCGGUUAGGUUCAAGUACGCCGCGACGCCUACGCCGUUCUGGAUGUGGAUGGUCAUUGCAUCAUCUACCGGCGCCACCAUCUACCAGCUCUACUGGGAUUUCGUCAUGGACUGGGGCUUCCUGAACCCAAAAUCCAAGAACUUUUGGCUCCGGGAUCAGCUCAUCCUCAAGAACAAGUCGAUCUACUAUGCUUCCAUGAUGCUCAACCUCGUGCUGCGCCUAGCCUGGGCCGAGAGCGUGAUGAAACUCCGUCUCGGUAUGGUGGAGUCUCGCCUGCUGGAUUUCUCGCUCGCUUCGCUGGAAAUCAUCCGACGAGGGCACUGGAACUUCUACAGGCUGGAGAAUGAGCACUUGAACAACGCUGGAAAGUUCAGAGCAGUGAAGACUGUCCCAUUACCGUUCCGUGAGCUUGAAACUGACUGAUGAAGACGGAGCUCCAUGUUGAACAGCAGGAAUUUAGGGGGAAGAAUUCCAGGAAUGGAUACACUGUCCCCUGCAAGAACUGGUGUUUAAGUGGUAAUAAAACGAAUCGGAGAGCGUAACUGCACAAGACCGAGACGCUGCAGAUUUUAGGAUGGAAUAAGCUCAGGCGGGUGCGCCAGGGUAUAACAUGAGGCGUUCUGGUCAGGAGAGAUGAUGUGCAUUUAACUAGCUAGUGGUCGAUUGAGAAUUGUUGCAUGUCAAUCGACUAACAAGAUCUUAAUUUUGUCGAUCGUUUAAGUUGUGAAAAUGUAUCUGGGAAUUGGUGACUGAAAAAAAUUGCAUGGAACGAAACAUAUGGUCGUUAACUAA